ACAACUGGACUGUCUCCGUCAACAUGAAGUUGCUUGCGAUAUCUUGCCUCCUGGCUGUGGCGGUGUCGACCAAGGCCGACGGAGGGCUGGGCUUGGGCGGCCUAGUUUACGCCCCGGGGCACGCCUCUGCCGAUUACUACGCGUACCCGGCGUACGCAUUCGAAUACUCCGUGAAGGACCCCCACACCGGAGACAACAAGGCGCAAUGGGAGAAACGUGACGGAGACGUCGUCAAAGGAGCAUAUUCCCUGGUGGAGCCUGACGGCAGCAUUCGCGUAGUGGAGUACUAUGCGGACGACAAGACCGGCUUCAACGCCGUGGUGAAGCGGCUCGGCCCCAACCUGCACCCCACCGGACCCGCGCCCAUCUACAAGGCGGCCCUGCCUGUCAUCGGCUCCUCUAUCGGACACAUCGCGCCUAUCAACGUAGGAUCAGUCGCCAAACUCGGCGGCUUAGCUGCUGCUCCACUCAUCACUGGACCCAUCGCCGGCCCCAUCUACGACGGCGGCCACGGCGGUUCCAUUGGCCCCAUCGGUCACGGCGGUCCCAUUGGCCCCAUCGGUCACGGCGGUCCCAUUGGCCCCAUUGGUCAUGGCGGUCCCAUUGGCCCCAUCGGUCUCGGCGGUCACGGUGCAGGUCUCUCCACCGCAUCACUCUACAGAGCCCCUCUCGUCAAGGCCAUCGCCCCUGCACCGAUCUUAUCCGACCACCUCAUCAGACCCGCCCCUAUUCUAUCCGGCCCUAUCAUCAACAAGGCUCCACUUCUUGAGCCACUACCCAUAGGACCGAUCUACAAAUCCGGACCAAUCCUAUCGGCUCCCUUGAACGACCAUUAUUCACCUAUCAUUAAAUCUGCCCCGAUUUUGGACCUUCCUCUCGGAGGAUGGGGUCAUGGAAUCGCCAAGGGACCUAUUGCAGCGCCCCUAGACCUGGGCCUAGGGCUGGAGCGAGGACCUUUGCUAUCUGGUUGGGGAGGCUACGGAGGCCUCGGCCUUAAACACUGAACGUAAACCAGACUGAAUACCUCGUUACUAAAUAGCCAUAAGAUGAACAAAAAUGCCGCUACCUACUCUAUGUCUCUGUGUACCCCUAAGCAUGCGACGGACGUGUAAAUAAGAUAUUUAAUAUUUAUAAUAAUUAGUCAAUUAUUGUAAGCGCACUAAUAAA